ACAGAACUCAUUAUUCUCGUCAAAUUAAAUUGCACUUCAUCCUCCCUUCGUGUCCGUCGUGCUUAGCUUUGUCCAGAUUUACGGUUGUAGAACACACUGACACAUGAUAGGCUUUUGUGGUUUCGAGUCACAUGGCAACAGGUGCCUUAAUUUUUGUUCAAGCAAAUAUCUUGGGAUUGGGAAAAGAGUCUAUCAUGUCACGUGGUUAGGGGACCUCGCGCAAAAUAUCCUCCGGCCUCCGCCUCAACAAAAAGAUUUCACGGGAGUCGCAGCCGCUCCGAUCCUCCUCCACUAUCCCCGUCGUUCCAAACCAGAGAGGGGGCUCUCUCUCUCUCUCUCUCUCUCUCAUUCUGCUUCUACCCAACUGGAGAAUCCGUUCCCGACUAGGGCAAAGGCAUCUCAGCGGAAGAGAAGAUGGAGGCCGUGCGCAACGCCGCCGCGGUUGCUUCCUCGCUCCGUCUCACUCGCACGAAACCCCCUCCGCACCCCACUCUCACAUCCCCCAAAUGCUUCUGCUUACGGAAGGAAGAUGCCUUCGGCAACCCGUCUUCUGAAACUUCACUACCGAAGUUGGAAGGCCACCAAACGGACGUCUUUGAGGUAGAGGAAUUAGAGACCAAUGAUGAUGACAUCUGGAAGCUGUUUGCUCAUGCUCAGCGGAAUAUUCUAUACCUGAACAAACAGCGGCUCACGGCCAUGGAGGAGCUGAAGAAAGUACAGGAAGAAAGAGACUUGCUACUGGAGAAAAUAGAGCAAUUGGAGGCACAGAAGCAAACAGGUGCCCAGACUGAGCCAGUGGCAUCCUCAAGUUUCGCUGAUUUACUACUGCGGAUAGAUUCAAUGGUCAUUUCAGGUAUGAUUGGUAGCGGGGAAGCAUCGAGCCUCCGAAAGAAGGUUAUGGACAGCAGGAGUCAAAUAAAUGAUGCCUUCUGUGAAAUCCGUCAUAAAACUGACAUGGAAUUGCUGUCAGAACUUCGCCUCUUUACAGAGAAAAUGACACAAAAUCCUUUACAUAUUGUGCAUAUCUGCAGCGAAAUGGAUCCAAUUUCUUCAUGUGGUUCCUUAGCAUCAUAUGUAACAGGUUUAUCUUGUGCACUUCAAAGAAAGGGCGAUUUAGUUGAAGUCAUAUUACCCAAGUACUCAAACAUAAACCUUGAUGCGAUUCAGGGGCUGAGGAGAAUAGAUGCGGAAUUUGAUUCAUAUUUUGGUGGUCAUUGGCAUAAAAACAGAGUAUGGAUAGGUGUCACCAGGGGUAUUAGUGUAACAUUAAUAGAACCUCUUAACUACUCGACAUUUUUCAACCGCGACAGAUUAUAUGGUUAUUCUGAUGACUUCGAGCGAUUUUCCUACUUUUCCCGUGCUUCAAUGGAUUAUCUUGUAAAAUCUGGAAAGCAGCCUGAUAUUUUGCAUAUACAUAAUUGGGAAACUGCAAUUGUUGGACCACUUUUCUGGGAUAUUUUUGUUCAUCAGGGACUUGGUGCUACUCGAGUGUUGUUGACAUGUCAUGACAUCACUUCGCAAUGCCUUGAGCAGCCAAGUAAGCUAGAGCUUUGUGGGCUUGAUCCCCAUCGACUAAACCGCCCUGAUCGUUUCCAGGAUAACACUAAGAUGAAUCUUGUCAAUGUUUUAAAGGGCGGUAUAGUUUACUCUAAUAAAGUAGUAAUGGUUUCGACGAUCCAUUCAAGAGACAGUCUCAUUCACAGUUUAAAUCAUGGUUUAGAACCAACAUUAGCCAUCCAUAAGGAAAAGUUAUUAGUCGCUCCUUAUGGAUUUGAUGGCGAUAAAUGGGAUCCUUCCAAAGACAAGUAUCUUCCUAGAAAUUAUUCGGCAUAUGAUAUUGAAGGAAAAGCUGCUUGCAAAGUUGCACUCAGGAAUCGCCUCAAGUUCUCUGGAUAUUCGUCAGUUGUCGUUGGCUGCAUCUACUCUAGUUGUACCUUUGAUGUCAGUACCUUUGAUGUCGAUAUGGAUAAUCUGAAAGCAGCUGUUCGGUAUGCCAUGAAUAAGGGCGCCCAGGUUGUUCUUGUCUUUAUGGAAUCUGAAACGCCGGUUAUGAACUCACUGAUGAAAGCGUUGCAAAACGAACUAAAGGAUGCCAAUGUAAGGUUUAUUGAAAAGUAUGAUGACGCCUUGGCACAUUUGAUCCUUGCGGGCUCUGAUAUCUUCUUAUGUUCUUCCUUCCAUGAUCCAUGGCUACAAAUGCCGCUGAAGGCAGUUAAGUAUGGAUCUGCCCCCAUAUCAUUGAACUUGGCAAGUGAUGGAUUCAGGCAGUUCAAAGUGCGCGACUCCAGAGGCAGCUCACAAAGUGAAUAUUUGAGGCAAUCUGGCUGGGGUGAUUGCGGGAGCACAGCAGCGUCACAGUACCUCCUCUCAACAUACGGGAAUAUGUCCAUCGGUCAAGCCCUCGAUGAAAUUAAUACUGAACCGUCCCGGUGGGCUUGGAGGAUAAAGGAUGGGAUGUCGAAAGACUUCUCAUGGGAUGCUGAGUGCUGCGACAUACAUCGGGCUGCUUACACCUUCAUCAAGAACUUGUAAAAUUUUAUUAUAUCUUGGAGUCUCUCCCGAGGCAAAAUUCCACUCAAGCAGGUAUUGUUUCUGUGGAGCUGCAAAUGGCGGGAUGACGAGACGCGAAGAUCGAUGUAACUUCCGCUUAGUAUUAAACUAACUGUGGUGGUCGUGUAUGUCAAUAUAUUUGGUGGCCUUAAUUAGAGAGUUUAUGCGUCUAUUAUACAUGUAGAGCUAUCUAUUUAACCAAGCUUCUGUCGCAGCUAUGAGGCAUGAACUACUGAUGUUCGCAACUCUUAUUAAUUUGUAAAUAAUAAGUUGAUUAUGACUCA